GGUCAAACUGUCUAGCUGUAUGUCUGUAUGUAUGCAUGUAGUAGUUGCCGUACUACAACAGCAUGAUAUAGUCCUGAACCACUUUGACUGGUAGUAGUAGUACCCUGGCCUGCAUCUUGAGUUGGCGAGAACUCGCUCAUUCCUGGGGUCUUUCGUUGGGUUGUUAGGUUGUUGAUGCCAUUCGAAGUACGCAUCAUUCAAAGCCAUCUCGCUCGCCCUUGGUCGACCCUGAGGAACGAGUUUGGGACAUCGAGGCCAUCUUGAAAGCGGCCAGAACCUAGGUCCAUGCGCCUCCAUAGCCUCUUCCCGAGACGGAUCCCGGGCCUCAGGCAGGCCCACCUCGAGCGGCCCGGGUGGUCGGAGUCUGGGUGUGCAGGCCCCCGUAGUCUCUCCGUCCCGUUUAAGUGAACCCCGUGGCCUCCCUGGCCUGGGUUGGGGGUUGGUCCGCCUCGCGCUUCAACAUGGCCGCCAGUGGCCCCAAUGGAGGUCCGGCCCCGCCGUCUUCUUCUUCCUUUUUCCGGACGAUGGUCUCCACUUUCCGGACCAUCAAGUACGAACAUUUGGUGGCGGGUGUCAGUGGAGGCGUGGUUUCCACUUUGAUACUUCAUCCUUUGGAUUUGCUCAAGAUCAGAUUUGCGGUGGAUGAUGGGAAAUCGAUCGAGAAACAUCGCCCUCAGUAUUCUAGUUUACGUCACGCCUUCCGUUCCAUAUUUCAACAAGAGGGCGUGCGAGGCCUCUAUAAAGGCGUCACGCCUAAUGUGGCGGGUGCUGGGACCGCCUGGGGAUUUUAUUUCUUGUUUUACAAUUCGAUUAAAACGGAAUUACAAGAGGGUAACUCCAAGACCCAGCUUAGUCCGGGAUUGCACAUGAUGGCCGCCGCUCAAGCCGGGGCCCUCACCUUGGCCAUGACCAAUCCGAUUUGGGUGGUGAAAACCAGGCUGUGUCUUCAAUAUGGUGGCGAUGAACUGGCCCAGGCCAAGGAUCCUUCCAAGACUUACAAGGGCAUGGUCGAUGCCCUGUACAAGAUAGGCAAAUAUGAGGGCAUUCGCGGUCUGUACAAGGGUUUCGUGCCAGGGCUUUGGGGCGUGUCCCACGGUGCUAUUCAAUUCAUGGCCUAUGAGGAAAUGAAGUCAUCCUAUAAUAUAUUCAAUCAGCAUCCCAUCGAUCACAAACUGGGCACUCUGGAGUACCUGUUUUUCGCGGCCUUGUCCAAGCUCUUCGCUGCCGUCACCACUUAUCCAUACCAAGUGGUUCGAGCUCGACUUCAGGAUCAGCACUCUGAAUAUAAGGGAGCCGUAGACUGCGUCCAGAAAAUUUUGAGGUACGAAGGCGUGGUUGGUCUGUACAAAGGGUUGACCCCUUACCUCGUCCACGUGCUCCCGAACAUUUGUAUGGUGCUUCUCAUUUACGAGAAGAUGACCAAUCGUCCCACCUCCUCUUCUCCCCCCUCUACUACUACUACUACUACUUCCACUCCUACUUCUUCUAAACGAUGAUAUUUUUGACAUAUCUUCAUACAUCUGUGAUCAAAACGCGAACAGUCUUUGUGUGACAUCGCUUUGCCAACAUGUAGAAGAUGGACCAUGUGAAACGUGAAAUAAUAUGUUUUCUUAUUCUUUCGUGA